AUGUCUCAAGUCUUGCUGAGUUUUUUGAUCGAUGGACGGGAAUUGGAAGUUCUGUGGAUUACUAGUUUUGCUUAUUUUUUUGUUUCUCAUAGUUUGUGUUCGUGUUGGUCGUUGAAUGAUGAAGGUUUGGCUUUGUUGAAGUUAAGAGAAAGAGUGGUGAGUGAUCCGUUUGGUGCUUUGGGUUGGAAGAGUAGUGAUACAGAGAAUGAUCCGUGUUCUGGUUUGGCGUUAUGCUCCGGGGGCAAAGUUGUCAUUCUGAACUUGAAAGAUCUUUGCCUUGAAGGAGCACUGGCACCUGAGCUCAGAAGAUUGACUCACAUAAAGUCUAUUAUUUUGCGCAACAACUCUUUCACUGGAAUUAUUCCUGAAGGAUUUGGAGAGCUGAUGGAAUUGGAGGUGUUAGAUUUGGGCUAUAAUAACUUUACUGGAUCACUCCCAUCUGAUCUUGGCAUUAAUGAGUCACUGGCAAUCCUUUUACUGGACAACAAUGAACUUCUUGGUGCUCUAUCUCCUGAAAUUUAUGAACUCCAAAUGAUUUCUGAAUCCCAAGUAGAUGAAGCACUCCUGUCUAAUGUUGCUAAAAAGGGAUCGUCUUGCAACAGAAGAUUCAGUACUUGGAAUGGUGUCCAAAAUGAAGAUGUUGUUCGGAGGAGACUGCUGCAAGAUUCAGCUCUGGUCAAUCUUAAUGGUACUUUUAGUGGAUCUAUGCCUUCUCCCGCACAAUCUCCAUCAAACGCUCCACUUCCACCUGCUUCUGUUGCUCCCCCAGAUAAUAACACUACUGAUUUUCCAUCCCCAUCCCCAUCUCCUCCUCCAUCCGCACUUCCUCUUCCAUCCCCACCUCCUUCAUUGUUCCCAAGCCCCGCAAAACCAGAAAGGAGUUCUUCAAGGUCUGCAAUACUGGGUGGAACCAUUGGGGGCACCAUAUUGCUUCUCAUUUUAAUCAUUGUCAUAUAUCUCUAUAGAAGCAACAAGGUAUCUACUGUCAAACCUUGGGCCACAGGAUUGAGCGGACAGCUUCAGAAAGCAUUUGUAACUGGUGUCCCAAAGCUUAAGAGAUCUGAGCUUGAAGCAGCUUGUGAAGAUUUCAGUAAUGUAAUUGGUUCUUCACCAAUGGGUAUGGUGUACAAAGGGACAUUGUCUAGUGGAGUUGAAAUAUCUGUUGCCUCUGUUGAAGUAGCAUCAGCCAAGGCUUGGUCAAAGAAUUUGGAAGUGCAGUUUAGGAAGAAGAUUGACACAUUAUCAAAAGUGAACCACAAGAAUUUUGUCAACCUUAUUGGGUAUUGCGAGGAAGAGGAGACUUUCACUAGAAUGAUGGUGUUUGAAUAUGCUCCCAACGGAACUCUUUUUGAACAUAUACACAUUAGAGAGUCAGAGCACUUAAACUGGGGAAUGCGCCUACGCAUUGCAAUGGGCAUGGCUUACUGCCUAGAGCAUAUGCACCAGCUGAACCCGCCAAUAGCUCACAACAACUUGAACUCUUCGGCAGUCUUCCUCACCGAGGACUAUGCAGCCAAAUUGUCAGACUUAAGCUUCCGGAAUGAGAUAGCUGCUUCUGAAAUGGGAUCAGCUAGCAAAGAGCUUUCAGAUACACCAUCAGCAAGCCUAGAAAGUAAUGUGUACAGCUUUGGCGUAUUAUUGGUUGAAAUGAUGACUGGUAGGAUGCCGUACGUGGUGGACAAUGGCUGUCUUGAAGAUUGGGCUUCAGAUUAUUUGAGAGGGAAUCAACCCCUUAAAAGUAUUGUCGAUCCAACUUUACGCACUUUUGAUGUGGAGCAGCUGGAGAAAUUUGGAUCAUUGAUAAAAUCUUGUGUCCAUCCCAACCUACAACUGAGACCAUCAAUGAGAGAUGUGACUGCAAGACUCAGAGAGAUUACUGGAAUAACACAAGAUGGAGCAAUUCCCAAGCUUUCUCCUCUUUGGUGGGCAGAGCUCGAGAUUUUGUCCACAGAUGCAGUCUAGAACAUGAAAUUUAGAUUGUUUAAGUAUUAGAGCUUCAAAUUUAGAUUGCCUUUUAGGUCAAUAGCGCUUGUAUCUAUUGUAGGCCGAUGAAAUGCUAGUUGUACAUAUCCGAGAUCAGGAGGAAAUCUGGUAAAUCUGCCUUGUUUUGGUUUUUCUCUCUUCAAAUAAUUGUCUGUGAAAAUGCAUAAGAAAAUUACAUUACACAAUUUUUACUUUA